AUGCAGGACAUUAUUGACCAUUUACCCAAAUUGCCUGAAAUCCAACAACAAAAACUAACCAUUCCCGAAUUUGACGAAAUAGAAGUCAAAGCAACUGACUCAGUAGAAAUAAAGAAGUUCAUACGAAAGGUAAACUAUGAGUUUCUAGGAUUUCAUUGCAACCAUAAGGUUAUGGACAAAGAUUGCGACAUGGUAUAUAAGAACAUCUCUGACCUUUACAAAUCCGAAGAAUUUAAGACCUACGACAACUUUGUUUCGUUAGUUGCAAAAUGUGUUUGGGAAAUAAGAGAUAAAGAUAGUAGGGGUAAGGUAUGGAACGAACAAAUAAAACCCGCUAUGUUCGAGAUGAAGAAAACCAUUGACGCCUUAGUUGUUUUAGCAGGUAAGGUUUCAGAAUAUAACGCAAAAAUGAACCCACAAUGUUCUAAAUGUAAAGCAGCAAUGAGGAAAUAUAACUACUCCGUCAAAGAGAUAGAACGUAUGCGAAACGACUAUGCAGAUUUAAAGAAAGAAGCAGAAAAACCAGCAGAAGAUAAAAUGGACAUGUUAGCAUUUCUGAACAAAAACUAUCCAACAGCAGAAGAUUUCCUUCUAUCUGACGUCAAGAAGAAGUAUAAAGAAACUUUCGGUAUCGUUAAAACAUUCGAUGUACUAAAAGAAGAAAUUGAAGCUACGAAACUGUUUAGAGUCAUGAACCAUCGCAACAUAUACCAUGUAAAACGCUUGUAA